UCCCUCAUUAAUCCCCUCUAUAUUAAUCCUCAACUCUCGCUUUCUCUCUCCAACUUCACUAAUCACUAAAAGCCAUCUUUACAUGAGCUGAGCCACACCGGAUCAUUUCUUUUUCUCUAAUGGCAAGUAACCACCACCGCCACAUUAUCAGCAACGGAGAAGUCGAUCCUGUUCCGAAGCCGACACUUACAACGUCGGCUUCGUUCAAGUCACGGAGGCCGGGCAAGCAAAAUGUGAACAACAACUCGAACAGUAUUACAGCUCUCUCUCGAGCCGGCUCUGAUGUCGAUGAAAUCAUCACUCUCUUACACGGCUCCGAUCCCGUUCGCGUCGAACUUAACCGCCUCGAAAACGAACUUCGAGAUAAAGAUAGGGAAUUGGGAGAUGCACUUGCGGAAAUCAAAUCGUUGAAGAAUUCGGAGCGAUCGAAAGAGAAGGCAGUCGAAGAGCUUACUGAUGAGCUAGAUAAAGUGGAUGAAAAGCUUAAAGCUACUGAAGCUCUUUUGGAAAACAAGAACCUUGAGAUUAAGAAAAUAAAUGAUGAGAAAAAAGCAGCUUUGGCUGCACAAUUUGCUGCAGAAGCCACGCUACGAAGAGUCCAUGCUGCUCAAAAAGAUGACGAAAUGCCUCCUAUUGAGGCCAUCAUUGCUCCACUGGAGGCAGAACUUAAGCUGGCCAGACUUGAGGUAGCAAAAUUGCAAGAUGACAAUAAAGCACUUGAUCGGCUCACAAAAGCUAAGGAAGCUGCUCUACUUGAGGCUGAGAGAACUGUUCAGAUUGCUCUGGUGAAAGCAUCCCUGGUUGAUGACCUGCAAAACAAAAAUCAAGAGCUCAUGAAGCAGAUUGAGAUAUGCCAGGAGGAGAACAAAAUCCUAGACAAAAUGCAUAGGCAAAAGGUCGCUGAAGUUGAAAAGCUGAUGCAAACUGUUCGUGAGCUUGAGGAGGCUGUCUUGGCUGGAGGUGCUGCUGCUAAUGCCGUGCGUGAUUACCAGCGAAAAUUACAGGAGAUGAAUGGGGAGAGAAAAACUUUGGAACGGGAAGUAGCUCGUGCAAAGGUCUCUGCGAACAGGGUAGCCACUGUGGUUGCGAAUGAGUGGAAAGACGGUAAUGACAAAGUUAUGCCUGUGAAGCAAUGGCUUGAAGAAAGAAGAUUUUUUCAGGGGGAAAUGCAACAACUUCGUGAUAAAUUGGCAGUUGCAGAGCGUGCUGCCAAGGCCGAAGCACAAUUAAAAGAAAAAUACCAAAUAAGAUUCAGGGUUUUGGAGGAAAGGCUUAAAGCACCAAAUAGUAUUUCCCGUGAAGGAAGAAACACAAGCAACGGGCCUUCAAGACGUCAAUCUCUUGGUGGAGUGGAGAAUUUUUCCAGAUUGUCCUCCAAUGGCUAUUUAUCUAGGAAAGCCCCAAAUUCACAAGCUGGUUCUCUACGGCCCAACAAUGCUGUCACAUUAUUGAAACAUGCUAAGAUGUCAUCGAGAUCAUUUGAUGGAGGUAGUAGAUCACUAGAUGAUAAGUUGCUUGUAGGUGCAGCUGGUAAAGAUAAUGGACCUCCGAAAGCCUCUGAUCAAAGUACUGAGAGAACUGAGACUGGAGAGAUUGAGAAUGAAACAUCAAUUAAAAAAUCAAAAUCAGAGCAUGAAGAUUACGUUUCAGGAGUUUUGUAUGAUAUGUUGCAGAAAGAGGUUAUAACUCUGAGGAGAGCCUGCCAUGAAAAAGACCAAAGCCUUAAGGACAAGGAUGAUGCAAUUGAGAUGUUGGCAAAGAAGGUCGAUACAUUGAACAAAGCAAUGGAAAUUGAGGGGAAAAAGAUGCGAAGGGAAGUCGCUGCCAUGGAAAAAGAAGUUGCUGCUAUGCGAGUUAGCAAGGAGCAUGAUCACAGGACGCGACGAGGCAGUGCUCCCAGGGCUUCUCAGUUACUCUCCUCAAGGAGUGCAAGAAAUUCUUAGGCAAUUGAUGCAACAGUGAGACAAUGACCAGACAAGGGCAUGCUUGAUUAUUCGGAUUUGCAGUCAAUAUGUUUUUUCGCCGUUUUUUUGUUCUUCUGUCUCCAUUUCUGAAGCUGACUCCAGGUUUCCAAGGGACAUCCUGUCAUGUAUAUUUUUGUAUUAACAUUAUUAACAUCAAAGAGUCUUAAGGUCAGUGUGCCAUUAAUUUAAUACACAAA